AUGGCAACCACACCAAUAACAAAUAAUAAAUCUCCAUUAAAACCAUUGGAAGAAAAAAAUGACGAGAAGUCGGAAAAGAAACUAUCUGUUCUUGAAUCGCAUGGUUACUCAAUAGGGAAAACGAUAGGUGCAGGUUCAUACGCGACCGUGAAAGUCGCAAAAUCUGAUCGACAUGCUUGUCAAGUGGCAAUAAAAAUCGUUUCAAAGUUUCAAGCACCCGGCGAACACUUGAGAAAAUUUCUACCCCGGGAAAUCGAAGUUGUUAAAGGUUUAAAACAUCCGAAUUUGAUCCGUUUUUUGCAAGCAAUCGAAACAACUCAUCGGGUGUACAUUAUUAUGGAGUAUGCUCAAAAUGGUAGCUUGUUGGAUAUAAUCAGACGCGAUACGUACAUCGAUGAGCUGCGUAGUCGCAGAUGGUUUCGGCAAUUAUUGGAAGGGAUCGAUUAUUGUCACAGACGUGGUAUAGUUCACAGGGACGUGAAAUGUGAAAAUCUUUUGAUGGAUCGUAAUUUCAAUAUAAAAUUAUCUGAUUUCGGAUUUGCGCGUGGGCAGAUGACAUCGAAGAAUGGUAUAGCUCCACUGAGCGAAACAUUCUGUGGGAGUUAUGCUUAUGCAUCACCUGAAAUAUUAAAGGGUAUCCCUUACCUACCUCAAUUAUCUGAUGUAUGGUCCAUGGGUGUGGUACUCUACGCGAUGGUUUAUGGUCGGCUACCAUUUGAUGACACAAAUUACAAUCAACUUCUAAAGCAAGUACAAAGUAAAGUUACGUUUCCGAAAGAACCAAUAGUGUCCGACGCUUGUCGUAUGCUUAUAUCACGAAUACUUGUACCACAACAAACGCGAUUACACAUUGAUAACAUAAGAAAUAAUGCUUGGCUGGUUGCAUCUCUAGUUACAGCUCAAACUUCUACUAGUGAUACAUUAAUGAAUGUUUCACAUACAGUGCCGAAAAUAAACGAAAUAACGAUAAAUGAAAACAAUAAAGAAGGAAACAAGCAAGUAGCUGGAACUGAAGCUCAACAAGCAGGACCUGCCUAAAUGCAUUACUUGAGAUAAGGACAGUACAUGGUACUGCACUUGUCGAGUCACAACAUAGAAUGAUAUUUAGCAAUCAUAAGCAGAACAAUUGUACUUAUCACAAAUAUACCGG